AUGGCCUGCACAGAGUCUUCUCCCAGAAAACAAUCCAUAUCUGAACAACCCAAAAAGAAGAGAAAAAUACAUCAUGACAAACAGCCGAAAAUCACCAAGGAAACUCUUUUAAAAGCAUUGGAAGAUGUGGAAGACGAGAUUAAGAAACUUGGACAUGAGAUACUGGGAAAACGACUGAAAAAAGUGCGCGGACAGGUGAAAGUUGUUCUGGAAAAUCAGCAAGAAGAAAUUCAAAAUCUUCGCGGCGAAAUACAGAGCUUAAAAAAAGAAGUAGAAAAUGUGAAAAUCAAACAGGAAAAUUUAGAAAAGACGCUCGCUGUAGCCCAAGCAACGUGGGUGUGGGAAGCACAUUUGGCAAGGUUUGUAGUCGACUCAUCAAAACGGAUCUAUCCAAGUGGCAAGUUUCGUCAAAUGGAACAGUAUUUGGAAAGAUUAAAGAACCCGGAAGACAAUCGUUGGACUGAAAUAAAAGGCAAAUUAAGAGACUGGACAAAAGAACAUUGGGAAGUCCUAAAUACUGUGAGAGUUGAGAGAAAUUGCAUUGCACAUCCAGAUCUAAUCGAUCUUGACCUCGUAGAAUCUGAAAUAGAAAUAAUGAUGACUCCUGAAUCCCAAGAACGAAUGAAAGACAUGUUAGAUAUACUUAGGAUGACAGCAAGUUUGAUGAAGUUUGGACGACUGGCUAAGUUUUACGAAAGAAACAAGCAUCUGUUUUCGGCUGAAGGAAUGCGUGGUAAAGGAAUGGACGCACGUGUACUGAAGAAAAUAAUUUCGUGGGAUCGUAACUUUGAAGAAAUCAAUGGGCUACAAAACAUCGAACACGCGGAUGCAAAAAAGUACUUAGCGAAGUACGUAAACGAUCGUCGUAUGGUCAAACACUAUUUUUUCAUCGUCGAUUUUAUAAAGGAUGAAAACAGCAAGAGUUUGGGAAAACUGGCCUGGGAGAUCGAAGUUUCAGGUAUUUUUGGAGGGAAAUCCACGGAGUAUGGUGAAGCGCUAGACCGACUAAAGAAAUUGCUCCCAAAUCCAAAAGACCUUAAAGAUCUAGAUGAAACAACAGCAAAGUUACAUAUCCCCGACUUCUUACCAAAGCAUUUGUGGAAACAUGGGAUCGAAAUCGUGGAGAAAUAUUUUGACGAAAUAACAUGAUUUGAAACUAUUUUUAUUAUUUAUUUAAAAAUGAGCACGACUUCCUAAUUAUAAAAAAGCAAUCAUAUUCAUAAUUUAAUUGGCAUAGUUAAAGCAGCUUUUUAGUACCAUAUUACAUGUGAAGAGACCUGGUAAGACCCACAAUAAAACAGACAGUGAAAAUACAUUGUUAGAUAUUGUUACAGUGAAACUAUACACCGUAAAUAUGUUAUAAUUUUAUAAUGUAAUAAUACUGUAAAAAUAUUAUUAUUGCG